AUGUCACCAACAGCAACGUCUGUUCAAGCGCCGCAAACACCCAAGCCCGCCAAAACACCGGAAAGGCCUCUUCAUCACAUUCCCUGGCCAGAAACUUUACUGGAGCGCAGAAAAUGGCAGCUGGAGCAGAUGGCCGGCGCCUUUCGCAUUUUUGCUAAGCUGGGCUUUGCGGACGGCGGUAGUGGGCAUAUAAGUUUGCGAGACCCCGUUCAGCGCGAGACCUUUUGGAUAAACCCAUACGGCGUGCACUUUGGUGUGCUCACAGUUUCAGACAUGGUGCAUAUCGACCGUGAAGGGAACCGUAUCGGGGGUGCUGAUGCGAUAGUGAACCGCGCGGGCUUUAACAUCCACCGAGCGAUCCAUGAAGCACGUCCUGACCUGCACGCAGCGUGCCACAUGCACAGCCCCUAUGGGAGAGCCUGGAGCACGUUUGGGCGUGGUAUUGACAUGCUCAACCAGGACAGCUGCAUGUUCUAUGACGACCUCGCUGUCUACGCGGCCUUUGGCGGCGUCGUGCUCGCUGCCGAGGAGGGCGUCAACAUUGCUCGCGCCCUAGGCCCGCAGAACAAGAAUAUCAUUCUGCAGAACCAUGGUAUCCUUACCUGCGGUGGUACCAUUGCCGAGGCUGCUGCUUUCUUCAUUGCUCUCGAGCGCGCCUGUCACACCCAGCUGUUGGUCGAGUCGUCGACGGCCCCUUCCAGUAUUGGCGGCGCUGUCUCUGGCCUAUCCAAGACCCUCGUUUCGCAGGAGGAGGCUGAGUACACAAAGAAGGGUACUGGUACGCCCGAGGUCAUGUAUAUGCAAUUUGUGCCUGAGUAUCAGUGCAUCCUUAAGGAGACGAAGGGUGAUUUUCUUUUAUAG